AUGUCGUUCUCAGCCCAGCUUCGCGCCAAGACUGAAGGCAUCUGGUCGGCCGCCGUCGGUCAUCGCUUCGUGGAGGAGCUGUGGCUCGGCACCGUCCCGGAGCCCGUCAUCUCGACCUACCUGGCGCAGGAUGCGCUCUUCUGUGACGCCUUUGUCGCCCUCAUGGGCGGCGCCGUGUCAAAUGCCGACGACCCCAAAGCACGCAUGGCCAUCGGUCGUCAGCUGGGGUUCGUGGCUAGUGACGAGGACGGAUACUUUACGCGCGCCCUCGCUCGCUUGCGUCCGAACGCUGCUCCACCCGCGCCCUUGGCCCCAACUCGCGGGUUUAUUGACCUCAUGAACGAGGCACGCCGUGGCGACUAUGCCAGCGCACUCGUGGUCCUCCUCGUUGCCGAGUGGCUGUACCUCGACUGGGCAACCCCCGAGACGCCCCGUCCCACGCCGUCCGACUGGGUGUUCGCCGAGUGGAUCGACCUGCACCGCGGCGACGCGUUCGAAGCCUGGGUCGACCUUCUUCGCUCAGAGACCGACCGUGUCGCUUCCACUGCCGACGCCGCGACUCUUGCCCGCAUGGAGGACAUGUUCACACGCGCCGUCAACCUCGAGCUGGCAUUCUUCAAUGCGGCAUACGAGUGA